AUGCUUUAUUUGAACAAAUUGUGUUUAUUUUACUUGUUGUAUUUUAAUGAAUUUCUAAGUUUAGUUUUAGCAUUCACACCUACAAAUACAGUUUGGGGGCAUAAUACUGCUCUUGCUGAUUCUAAAAUAUACUUUACAGGUGGAGUGAUUCCAAAUCAAACAAUUUGGAAGACUGUCAACAAUUUCUUUAAUACACCAAAUGAACUUGCCACACAAUCUAAAGAAUUCUAUUAUUUAGAUGUAUCAAAAAAUUUUAAAUUAAACGAGGGUGUAAUGCCUUGGACGGAUCUUAGUAUUGUAUCAGAAAUUCUUCCACCACAUUCCUGGAGUGCAUUUUCAUUUUGUGGACCUGAUACUUUAGUAAUGUUUGGUGGAGAUUUUGGUAAAGCAAAUCCCAUAAAUUUAGUUUUUAUUUAUAAUAUAAAAACACAGAAAUGGAGCAAUCCAACAACUUUCAAUCAACCUAAUGAUGUACAUACUCGUGCUGCUUGCGACACGAAGGCUGGAUUACCUUUGUAUAAUAUAAAUGAUGAUACAUGGUCUUCAAUGUGGGUUAAUGAAUUUAAUAUUAAUCCUGUUAUUACAGCACCAACUAAUCCCCAAGAUACUUCAAUUGAGACUACAAAUACUGAUACUGGGACAGAUUAUAAUAAUACAACAAAUGUUGGCUUAAUAAUAGCAACUGUAAUUUCAACAACUUUACUUAUUUUAGGAAUAAGUUUAUUAAUUUUUUAUUAUAAAAAAAAACAAAAACAAAAUCGUAAUACUUUAUUUAUACCUGCAAAAAUCGACUUUAAUACUCCUAAACUUACAAUUUAUGGCAUGACUGUUCCGAUG